AUGCAGACGGCUGCCCAACUGUGGUCCUGUCUUUUUCUCUAUUAUUCAGUCUGUUGCUGUUCCGGCAUUACCGAAGAGUCCAAUGCACUGAACUUCGUCCAAAGGAAGGCGCUGCCACGAUUCGCUCCACUGUCCACGCUUUCAACAGCCCAAAGUUCACGUUCGAAGCCAUGGCUUAUGCACAAGUACAUCGCUGUCGCACAUCACAAGUCCGGUGUUUACGUCAUGGGCCAACUAUGGGAGCUGAUCUUCUUUGCCCUUGGGGCGACGACGAGCGACAUGGGCAUGUGGAUACAGCCCUGCUAUCCUCAUACCUGCUACUCACCUGAGGCUCCCAUCCAGAUAUGGGUUGACAUGUACUCCUACGACAAAGCGCAGGAAGAGCGGGUAGCAGCCGGCGCAAACGGCAUGCGCGUGGUGGGAAUCGUGCGAGAUCCGGUGUCCAUGAUUGUCUCGGCAUACUGCUAUCACCAUCGGGGCAAGGAGCUCGACAGCAUCCUUUUCUUCCCCGCAGCACUCUUGGUUGUCUUGGGCCCAAAGGAAGGGCUCAAGCUUGUUGCGGAGGGGAUGCUGCCAGCAGUUGAAAACAUGACGAGUGCCUUCGAGCAGCCAUCCCAUGAUACUUUCCGCCUGGAGUACGAGAAGCUCACCAGAUCUUCUGACGGGUUCGACCAGCAGAUGGGAGAGAUGAUGAACUUCUUGUUCCAGGACCUGAUAACCCCUGCAGAGCGCAGCCAGGUUCUCAAUGCAACGAAAUGGGCAGAUUUGCAUCGUCACCCGCCAACCGAUGACCAUCAGAACAAUCAAGAGUGCGAGGACGAAGUGCGCAAGUACGUGCCUUCACUGCCUGCAGAUAUCCUGUCACGCUACCGCUCAUUCCAGGAGCGACUAGGAUAUGCAGCCACAUAA